UUUGGUGGGUCACAGAAUUUUGUGUAACACCGGAAGCAGUCAGGUCGUGAGCGCUUAUUAGCACGAACCGGCAAAGAGAAGACCUCACCGGUGACCAAAUCCACGGAAUGAAACUGUUUGAUACUUGUUUCCACUUGUCAUCUACUUUAUGAUUUCUCUGGUAAACAUUUAUACAAGUUUCUGAAGAGCCCAGUGUGACUCCAGAGAGUGUUUUUCCUGUGGAAGGAGGAGUCUGCUGUUUGUUUGACCUCAGUGUGCACGCUGCUCUACAUAUGUGUGUGACAAUGGGGGACAUCAGUGACCUGGACAGACAGAUAGAGCAGCUCAGACGGUGUGAGCUCAUUAAGGAAAAUGAAGUCAAAGCGUUGUGUGCUAAAGCAAGAGAGAUUCUUGUUGAAGAAAGUAAUGUACAGAGAGUAGACUCUCCUGUCACUGUGUGUGGCGAUAUACAUGGUCAGUUCUAUGACUUGAAAGAGCUAUUCAGGGUUGGUGGAGAUGUUCCAGAGACAAAUUAUCUUUUUAUGGGGGACUUUGUGGACAGAGGGUUCUAUAGUGUGGAAACUUUUCUCCUCCUUCUAGCUCUUAAGGUGCGCUAUCCAGACCGGAUUACCCUGAUCCGGGGAAACCACGAGUCCCGGCAGAUCACACAGGUCUAUGGCUUCUACGAUGAGUGCCUUCGGAAAUAUGGUUCAGUCACUGUCUGGAGAUACUGCACUGAGAUUUUUGACUACUUGUCCCUUUCUGCUAUCAUUGAUGGCAAGAUCUUCUGUGUGCAUGGUGGCUUGUCUCCCUCCAUCCAGACACUGGACCAGAUCCGAACCAUUGACAGAAAGCAGGAAGUGCCCCAUGAUGGGCCCAUGUGUGACCUCCUGUGGUCAGAUCCUGAAGACACCACAGGGUGGGGGGUGAGUCCCAGAGGUGCUGGCUACUUGUUUGGGAGUGAUGUGGUGGCCCAGUUCAACGCUGCUAAUGACAUUCACAUGAUCUGCCGAGCUCACCAGCUGGUUAUGGAGGGAUACAAGUGGCACUUCAAUGAGACUGUGCUCACUGUGUGGUCAGCACCCAACUACUGUUACAGAUGUGGCAAUGUGGCUGCCAUCCUGGAGCUUGACGAGCAUCUACAGCGGGAGUUCAUCAUAUUCGAGGCAGCACCACAGGAGACCAGAGGCAUCCCCUCUAAGAAGCCUGUUGCUGACUAUUUCCUGUGAUGUGUUUUAGCAGCCAGCCGUGAUGUGUUGACACUCUCAGCACCAUUUCCCACCAGCCACCCUCCAUCCUGAUGUCGGACAGUUCUGUUAGCCUGAACUCGCAGCAGUCGGACAGAAAACCUGCUGAGUUGUUGAACUUUAGCUCGAAGAGCUGGAUUGUUUAGUUUUGUUUUUUUGUUUGUUUUUUUGCCACACCAUACUGUCCAAGCGUGACCGAGCGGUUACUGUGGAAAGUUUUAGGGGUGAGCUGGAAACUGGAACCAUGACUGUUGUGAAUUCUCCUCUUUUAUAAAAUGGCCAUGCUGUUUUUAUUUCCCCAUUUCCUCUGCCUUCUUCCAUUUAAAUCUGUUGUCCUACUAUCUUCACGUUGUACAUAUGUCUUCAGUUUCUGCCAGAUCCCCCCCCACCA